AUGGCCAAAGAAGCAUCAAGGACAUCCAGGAACCACACUUAUGAGAGAGGACUUGUCGAUACAUUACUCGACCACAACGUUCCUAAGUACAAAGGUCAGAAUGGAUGGACUCCUGAAGGUUGGAAAACUAUGGCUGAUAAAUUCAACCAAAAGUUCCCGUUAGCUCGUUUCACAAAGCAGCAGAUUCAAGAGAAGGAAAAAGAGCUGAAAGGAAACUACGAGGCAGUUCGAGACGCUAGGAAGCAAAGUGGAGUAGGCUGGAACGAAUCCCUUUGUAUGAUCAUUGCUGAACCAGAUAUCUGGGAGAACAAACUGGUGAAGGACUUUCCCAAGGUGAAAAAGUUCCGCUCGAAGCCAUUUACUCUCUUCAAUUCACUGUGUUCGCUAUAUGAAGGUAGUGUCGCCACAGGAGAUCUGAACUUUGUCUCAGUUCAGCAGGUGGCUCAACAUGUGGAUCUAACAACUGAUCCAGUUUCCCCCACAGUCUCCUCUGCCAAUCAUCAUGAAAGCUUAAACCCUUUUUCAUAUACUAGUUUGGAUGGUCACAUGUCCUCUACUGACUUGCAUGGCCCAGAGGCAUCAAGAAGAGAAGAUGCUGAACCUACAACAUCUGCGCUCAAAGAAGAACCUCCAGAAAGGAGAAAACAAAGUCAAGUUGCUGUGGUGCUUGAAGAAUACUUGGACUUCAGGAAGAAGCAAUCUAUGAAAUUCAUUGAAGAGAUCAAGGAACCAAAGCCAGAUGAGAAGUUUUCAAUUGCAGCAUGUGUGUCUACACUAGAAGAAAUGGAAGGCUUAACAGAUUGGGAGAAAGGAAAGGCGUUGCGGCUUUUCAAGUGCUAG